AUGCAGCAUUCGUUGAGCAAAGACAAGCGUUUUUUGGAAAAUGCGAAAGUCAUGGACUUAGGGUUUCAGCGAGAUGACGCGUUGCAGAAUAUCGUGGAGGUUCGUGUGGGUUUUUGCCGUUUCGGCAGCUGGUGGAAGAAACUCUCGGUUGCUUGGAGGCGUGCUGGUGGAAGAAACUCUCGGUUGCUUGGAGGCGUGGUGAAUUCAACGCCUCUCAGCUCUAAGGUGGGAGUUUGCAAGCCUGCACUCUACAUCUGGGGAGGACUCUGUCCAGGCGGUAAGCCUUUUUCACUGGAUCGCAGGAGGGAUCAUGGGCAGAGGAAAAAAGCCGUCACAAUUAUGGCUCCUGCAUGCGGCCGUGAAGACUCUAUGCAGCAGUGCCGUCUGCGCGUUAAAGAGCGCACGCGUGUCGAGAAGCCUGUAGCAUGCGCUUUGCAUCAUGGCAGCUACUCGAGCAGGCGUAUCGUAGCCUUCGGUAUGCUGUUCUGGCAACGGGCAAUACUUCGCGCCGUUUGUGGAUUGGUUGUGCUGGUUGGAACGGGAAAUACAGCGCGUGGACUGUUUCUGAACGAAUUAAAGGGGGGUGAGGAUGGCUGCCCCACGCUUGCAAUCCCAUUAGAAAGGCACGCAAGGGCGUCGUGCAACCGCGCACUUGUCAGGGUGCCUGUAAUGGCGAAACAAUAUAUGGAUGCGCUGAUCCUUGCAGCAGCUUUGCGUUUGCCUGGAAGUUGA